AUGCUGCUCUGGACAGUUGCGCUGCUCUUCGUUCCCUGUGUAGGGAAAACUGCCUGGCUCAGCCUCCAAGUGCAGCCAGACCCCGUGUUUGAAGGGGAUAUCCUGACUCUGCGCUGCUGGGGAAGGAGGAACGCAGCACUGUCCCAGGUGAAAUUCUACAGGGACGGAAAAUUCCUCCAUCUCUCUAAGGACAGCCAGACCCUGUCCACGGGAACAGCAACAGUGAACAGCAGUGGCCGGUACAGCUGCACUGGACAGGUGACAUACAUGCAAUAUGUGGGCAGACGAACCUCAAGGACUGUCACAGUUCAAGUCCAAGGUGAGUCACAACUUGGGGGACUGGGGGGAGCGGGAAGGGUGCUGCUCAGGGGUCUGGUCUUACAGGGGAGCCAGAGGUCAGCCUGGCAGCUCCUCUUCUCCUUGCACAAGGAGGGCCACACCCUGCAGGACAGGGGCCUCCACCCAGAACUCUGCAUCCCAGCAGCCGAGGGGGGAGACUCUGGGCUUUACUGGUGCGAGGCGGCCCUUGAGGGUGGCUGGGUCCAGAAACAGAGUCCCCAGCUGGAGGUCAGGGUGAGGGGAGGACGGGGAGACCCUCCCCAGGGGCCUGGGCACCCGGGGGGUCCCGCUGACCCUUCCAACUGUGUGCUGCCCCGGUUCCUUUGUGGAGCUCCUCCCCUCCGAUCCUCAUUCUACCUCAAUGGGGACACCCUGCGGAACCACGUGGCUCCCCAUGGUGGAGCCGUCUCCUUCCUCUUCCCGGUGAUGUCAGAGCAGGAUGCUGGGGACUACACCUGCGAGGCUGAGAACAGCGUCUCCAAAGAGACAAGCAAGCCUAAGACACUCUCCGUGGAUGGUCCUCGGGUCUUAUCUGUCUCCACUAGCAACAACUGGCUGGUUUCCUGGUUGCCUGCAAGCCUGCUUGGCAUGAUGGUCGUUGCUGCUGCAUUUCUAGGGUAUUUCAGACCCCAGAGAAAAACCGGGCCCCUUCCACCCCGGAAUCUGCCCCCAGCCACAGGUGGAGAGGAACACCUACUGUAUGUCAAUGUUCAUUGCCAGAAUGAGAACGAUGAAGGGGUUAUCUGCUCUGUGGUACGUACGAUCCCAAAGGAGAGUGAAAGGACAUUUCUGUCAUCUACGCUGAGGUGAGACGCCCUCAGCUCAGUGAGGUUCCAGCCAAGGGGCUGAAGAGAAGAAGCAGGACCCAGCAAGAUCCCGUUGGUGACUGAGAGGGGGUCCUCUGCUAGUGAUGGCAUCUCCUUCCCCCAAGACACACAGCCAUCCUCAGCCCCCAGCGCUCCCCAGGAGACCAGGGGACCCCAGCCUCUUCUGUGGUCCUCCAGUUCCCCAGCCCAGCAGUCAGAACCCCCGUUUGUGGAGCACAUCAGAAAACUCUGUUACCCCUUACAUGUUUAAAAAGAUACAUGGUUGUAGAAUCUAUUUGUUAAUAAAGGUGUAUCAGUUUGUUUCA